UAGUUGUGUAUGUAUGUGGGUAUGAUGAGGAUACCGUAUAUACACAUCUAGAAAUUUCUGAAUAAAUAAAGUUAUUCUAUUCAUUUAUCCAUAUUAUACUUGUAAUCAGUAUUUAACUUAUUACUAAUACCAUUCAUAUAAGUGAUAUUCUCAUAUUAUCAUGAUUAUUGGGUGUGGUCAAAUUCAAUUUUUCAUGUCCAUAAUAUCAGACGUGUAUUGAAGGUAUUUUCUACCACAAAUUUAAAAAAAAAAUAAUAACACCAUAGUUUAAUAAAGAGUGACAAGUUUUUUUAAAGAGAAAGCAAAACGAAGAAAAACAAAACCCAGUAACAAUUGAUUAUUAUUGUUAUUAUAUUCACAAGUACAGUUACUAUGAAUAAAAUUUUAAAAAAUUGGAAUUAUUUAGUUUGGUGCUGAAUUAUCACUAAUUUGAAUUCACAAUUUUGUUUUUUUUUAAAUAUUGAUUCCUUUGAAGAAGAAAAAAAAGAGAAAGAAAUAAUAAUAAUAAUAAACAACUGUGAACUGUUGAAAAGAAUAAAAAAAACCGCUUCAAGAUUGUUCCAUUCAUAAUGAGAAUCAUUUAUACAAUUAGAAUGUAAUAUGUAAGAAAAAAAAGAAAAGAAACAAAAAUCAAUAAAAGAAUUAUUGUUAAUUUAAAGAAUUUUAAUUGUUUUAUUUAUUUAGUUUCUAGUAUAGAAACAGAUUAAAUUCAUGUUGAAUAUAUACAGAUACAUUUAUAUAAAUAUUAUCAAGAAGAUAACCUGAUAUAUUGAAUUUAUUACAAUUAUAUCACUUGUGUUUAAAAUAUACCCUGAAUUCAUAUUUUAAUCAAUAUACUUUAAUAUACAUAUCUUGUCUUUCAAUGAUAAAUCUUGUUAUAUUUAUUAUUCACAAUCAAUGAUUUUGUUGGUUCAAACAGAAUGGAUCUAAUAUAUUUAGUAUGUCAAUUUAUAAUGUUUUAUGCAAAUUUUUUACACCCUUUGGAAUCUCAAUACACAGAUAAAUGGACUGAAAAAAGUCUUAUUAAAGAUUUAUUAAGAGAUUAUGAAAAACGUGCAAGACCUGUAGUCGAUGGAAUGUCACCUGAAAUAACUGUUGGCAAUACUACAGUACAACAAAUCACUGUAGCAUUUGGUCUGGGUUUGAUUCAAAUUCUUCAACUUAAUGAAAAUGAACAGAUUCUCACUGUCAGUGUCAGAUCCCUUUAUCGAUGGACUGAUUAUCAUUUAGUAUGGAAUCCAGAAGAAUACGAGAAUAUUACUCAUAUUAACAUUCCAACUGAUAAAAUAUGGCUUCCAGAUAUCGCAUUAUAUAAUUACGCCGAUGAACGCUUAGAAGAACGACGAGAAUGUGCUGUAAGAGUUGAUCACAAUGGUGUAGUAGAGUGGCAUCCAAUGGCAAUUUAUAAAAGCACAUGUCCUGUGAAGAUUAAAUAUUUUCCAUAUGAUAAACAAGUCUGUUAUCUUCGCUUUGGACCAUGGACUUUUGACAGCGCUCGAGUUAAUAUAACAUUUUAUGAUGAAGGUUUCAGUAUGAAAGAUUAUGUUGAAAGUCCUGAAUGGUCAGUUUUAAAUUAUUGGCAAAAACAUAGAACACACGCUUAUCCAUGCUGUCCAGAACAAUAUUCUGAUACAUUAUUUUUCAUCAAAAUUGAACGACAAGCAGCUUAUUACAACUAUAUAUUGAUUUUACCUUGUUUCUUACUGUCUUCAUUAACCCUAGUUUUAUUUUGGCUUCCACCUGAGACACCUGCAAAAAUGGUUCUUGGUAUGAACAUUUUUCUUGCAUUCUUCCUUCUAUUGCUCCUGUUGGAGAAUUCCAUUCCAUCGGCUUCAAGUUCAUUUCCAUUAAUAGGGAAUUAUUAUUGUAUCAACAUGACAUUGGUUACAUUAUCCACAUUUUUGUGCCUUAUUGUGGUCAAUCUACAUUUUCGUGGUGAUCGACGAACUGAAGUUCCAUUUUGGUUAAGAAAGUUGGCAUUACAUCAUGGGUCCAGAAUUCUAUUGGUAAAUGUUGGUCCACCUGGUGGUCCACCACCUCCGACCUCAGCUUCUUCCAAUAAACCAACAGGAAAACCUAUAACAAAUAUGAAUUCUGUUCAUAAUUUCAUGACAUCAGAUAAUUUUUUGCGUGGUAAUUUAUUUGAUCCUAAAAUGUUUUCAGCAACAAGAAGUGAUUUUAAUGAAAAAUUCAGUGAUAAUGCAAAAGUAAAUCGUUUCGGAAAACCACAUGGAAAUAAAUUCUAUUCACCAGAAUUUUGUUAUACUAAUUCUCGUCAGGCGCAUAUGAGGUCACAAUUUCCAACGGGAUCACCAAAUCAUAAAUUUCCUGGUUGCUACUACCCAGAUAACGAGGCUGAAAUGAAACACUUUCCUCAACUUAGUAGGAGGCAAACACACGAAACAGAACAGACCACACCUUGUUCAUUUUGUCCAGCUUGUGCUGGACUUGCGGCAGCUGCUGCAGCAUCUGGUCGUGGAUCAAACGAUAUUGACCCAGGUUAUCAUGCUGAACAACAGUAUUCAUUACAAACAACACCUAAAAAUCAUUUCACUCAAGAUCCAACUGAUGAAUUAGCAGCUGUAUGGACAACUGCUAUUAAUGACUCCAAUAUUUUUAACAAACGUUUAUCAUCUCGUGGUUUAAUCGAAAAUAAUAAACAAAGUGAAGAUGAGGAAGAGACGACAGACGAUGAAGACGAUGAACCACACUCGACGCGUAACAAAAGCAUAGGGCCUGAUCUAGAACAUUUUCUUUUACAAUGUAUUAAACCUGGUGCAUCUAAAAAAGCUAUAUCAGCUGCUAAUGCUAAAUGGAACAGUUCAUUACAGAAUGCUCAACUAACAUCUCCGCUAUAUCCAUUCACUUCACCUAUAUGUCAAGAUGAUUCUGAGGAUGAUGAACGUAACAAAAUGAAUUUACCAAGGUGGAGUUCAGCUGGACAUAGUAUCGGUAGCCGUAGUCACCGUGGUAUAAACCAUAAUUCUGACAAGGAAAUUAAUCAUGAUCCAGAUAAUAAUAAUUUAUGGCGUGCUAAUUCAAGUAGCUUUAUUGGUCAUAAAUUUAAAAAAUCAACCAAUAACUCUGAUCAACGUCUUUUAAAACGUGUGCACAUGGUUACUCGUGAUGUUUCUGAAAUAGUCAAAGGUAUACGCUUUAUGCAAAAACAAAAUGAGAAAAAGGAAAAAAAUAAUAAAAUAAUUUCUGAAUGGAGAGCAGUCGGUAUGGUUUUAGAUCGUCUAUUCUUUAUUAUCUACCUCUGUGCUUUAGGAAUUUCUAUAUUACUUUAUUUUCCAAGAUCUGGAGAAGAUUCAGAGGAAACUACGUAAAACGGUUAAAGAAUAAGAGAGAAAGCAUUUGUCGAAAAGUCUUAUCGUUUUCACGAACAGUUCAUUUCAUUGUUUCCGUUAUUAUUUUAUUUAGUACAGAUAUGAAUUUUUUUCACUACAAAGGAGCUUGAGUACGAAAUUUGUAUAUAUGUUUGUUCUGCUGUUUAGUAAUGUUUAUAUUUACUUUCCGUCCACAACUUUAGUUACUCUUAUGAUUAGUAGUAGUAAAACUAAUUAUACAUAAAACGUUUUAUCUAAUUUAUUACAAGAAAGAAUAUUAUUUAUAAACUAGUAAUGCAUGUUAAAUCAAUAUCUAAUCAGUACAAAACCAGAUAGAUGAUGACCAAGUAUUUCAAAUUUGUGGAUACAUUCAGCUGUACAAAUGUUUCGUGAUCUUUCUGUCAACAGUGAUCUACAAAAGCUGCCCUCUAACACUCAAAUUAAACGUACAUCCAGAUAACCUGAAAGUGAAUCGUCUUGAAAAACCAUAUGGUAAAGAAAAUCCUAUCCAUCAGAUCAUUGCUCCAAUUACUCUUGUCAGGCAAAUAUCAGAUGAUAACUUUCAAUAAAAUCAUAAACUACUUGAUUUGCAUUAUCCGGAUGAUAAACUGUUAAAUAUUUCAUACAUUUAAAUAGGUAAAAUAAUAGUAGUUAUACAUUUGUUAAUUUGACUAUUACGAUUACCGAUCUAUUGUUUAUUUGUAACCCAUAUCGAACUUAAAAUAGGCCAAUUUGGAGCGAUCUGUUAAGAGUAAAUUGCAGUGUUUAUUCUUAUUACAUCACAACGAGAACGUUUACGAAAAGAAUACUUCCAAAAACGCUUUUAUCCCGAUUCCGAUCUUCCUUUCUAUAACUUCCCUUACGUUUCUUAGAUUAUACCUUGUUGUAUUAUAAUUCUUUUAAUGCUUAGAACGAUUUUUCUGAUUUUGUUUGUCAGUGUGGAAAGAGAUUGAGGAAGGAAAACCAUAAAAGAUAAAUGUAUUUAGAUUAAACUCAUCUGAUAUAUAUGCAAAUAUCCACUUGUAUUGUAUUCAUAGUUAUAUUUCCAUAUAUUAAUUUAUGUUUACACUUAUUGAAAAAGUCUUUCUUCAUAUGAGUACUCAAAAAGUAAUGUUUAAUUAGAAGUUUCUUUAGAGCAUUGUAACUUAUUAAUAUUAUAUCGGUAUGAUUCCGUAACUCUCUAUGAAUAAAUUUACGAGUUUUCAAAAGUAAUUUGCCCACAUAACGUGCUGGAUAGAAGAUAUAUACAUAAACGUAUGGUUCAUCAUGUUAGACGGACAAUCGAAUUAGCAUGAAAACCUUACUGCUUUUCAUUGAAUUUACUGCUUACUACUAUAUUUCAGAAAUCAGUAGCAUAAAUAUCUUACCAGAAACUUUGUCAUAAAUAAAAUUUACCCCUAACUCUAUCUUGUAUUUCUCAUUAAGUAACUUAUAAGUCCACAGUUUAUUGUAUGUUAAAUUUGUGAAUUUUAUAUCAAAACUAAAUACAAAGGUGGAUUUUUUUUAUAACUGUGUAUUCUUUCGUAAUUCAAAAGCCUUGUAUUUAAAAUAAACCGCAAUACGUAACUGUAAAUAAUAAAUAUCUUGUUGAUCUUAUGAAUUAUAAACAUUAAUUUGGUUCAUUUCAA